AUGGCUAAAAGUAAAAAAAAUAAUAUUGUUUUGCUCGGAUUCGAAGAUGAAUAUGUAACAGAAAAACACAAAUCUGUUCUUGGUUAUUGGACGAAUAAAGUUGGUGGUAGUCCAGAUUGGCCCAUUGAAGGUAUUUCACCUCCAAAUUGUUUGUUAUGUGGUCUCAAACAGCUUUUAAUCGUCCAGAUAUAUGCACCCCUUGAAAAUUCAUCUUUUCAUAGAACAUUGUACUUGUUUGGGUGUAUUAAUCCAAAUUGUUGGAAUCAAAAAGAUAGUUGGACUUGCUUAAGAAGUCAAUUAUUAGACCCUGAAGUAACACAUUCAAGUUUUGAAAAAUUAGAUAUGGAAUGGUGUUCUGGAGCAAAUGAUUGGGAUGAUGACAAUGGAAAUUUUGAAAAUGGAAACUCUUUAAGAGCUUCAAGUCAAAACCCAUCUGACAAUGAUAGUGAAGAGGAUUCUUGUUCAUUAACAGCUAUAAUUGAAAAUUUAAAUGUAAAAGAAUGUAAUGCCAACUGGGAUGGUUUUGAAAAAAGUUCCGGUGCUGUCGGUAAGCAAAUGUCACCAGUUGCUUCGGCAGAAAUCGAACAAGAAGAAAGUGAAGUGGUUACUAUUGAUACUCCAACUAUGCCAAAGAAAGACUUGCUCUCUCUUCUUCAAGAGAGUGCUCCUGUUCCAUAUUACAUGAGAGCUGGAGAAGAAAAUCAAAAUCAAUGUGUUACAUUUGUUCCAUUUUUUAUAAGUGUAGAAGAAGAAAAUAUAUCUAGUAAUCAUUCCGAUCAUGUCGGAGAAUUAAUACAAGAAUAUCAAAAAAAACAUGGCGAAAUUCAUCAGCAUGGAAGUAAUCAAAUUAGAGAGGGUAAUGAAUUAUGUUCCGAAGAAUAUGAAAAAGCAGUACCAGCACAUGGAGAUAAAAUGUUUUAUCAUUUUUUAAGCAGAAUUCAAAGUAAUCCUGGUCAAAUCCUUAGGUACAGCAGAGAUAAUAAAAGACCUCUCUUAAUCUAUCCAUUGCAAGAAUUUUCUAAAAAAUGUGAAUAUUGUGAUUCUGAUCUCAUUUUUGAAAUGCAACUCCUUCCUACAUUAAUUCCAAAAUUAAAAUUUCAAGAGGAUGACGAUAAAAUAAGAUUAGAAUUUGGAACUGUUUUAGUUUUUACAUGUUCGAAAAGUUGUUGGUCACAGGGUGAUAAGUUUAAAAAUGAAAAGUAUUCUUUUACGAUGGCAUAA